UUUUUUUAGCUCAACUACGUUCUGGACAUCAGCAGACCCAAAGAUGAGCUGAUUGUUGAAACGUCUUCUGGAUGCAUCACGCGGGCAGAUUUUUGGACACUGGGUUUAAACAAACAAAUGGAAUCGACUAUUGGAAAUGGCUGUUUUGAGCUUAUCACUAAAAUUGUUCAGUCAAAGGGGAUAAGCAUUUACAUAGAAAAUCUGUAUGUCACCCGGACUUGGCUUGCACCCUAUGGCUGUGAUCCAUUGCAGUCCUUUCCUACUGAUGCUCAGAGGAUGGACAUCAUAGUUCUCCCUCUCUGGACACCUGGUCAUUUCCAGUUGUGUGUACUGAAGCCACCUAAAAGAGAAAUCCUCUUUUUUGACCCAUUAUACACAAAGGCAGGAUUUGGUGGCCAACAAUAUGUUUCACUUUUGAGGAAUCUUGCAGUGAAGCUCAUUCCCGGGCAGUGGUCAGAAAAAAAGAGCUUUGACUUGAAGGGUUUUCCAAGCCAAGACUAUGGAGUUGACUGUGGGAUCUUCAUGCUGAUGUCUGCUCUGUACGUGGCACUGGAUGCACCAUUUGACUAUACUAUAUCAGACAUGCCCUAUUUGCGUAAAUUGUGGUCCUUGCUGUUGAUGUAGAACUUUGAUCUCAGGAGCUCUGGCAAGCUAUUUGCACACUGGAGAGAGGAAGCCAAAGCUGUGCUUGAAGGACAACACGUGCCCAUUUUCAGACUGAAAAAGCGCAAGUUCCAGGAAGUCAGUCAGGAGCCAGCAAUUGUUGAAGAUCUGCGUCCUGCUGUGCAGUGGGUUGUCCAAAAUAAGGCACUUUUCCGUGGACACGUAACAAUGCCAAAAUAUCUGUCCUUAAAUCAAGGGGACCAGCAGAGGGUCUUAAGAGACAUGUCAGAGGAAGAAGACACUGGAGCAAGGGACUUGUUCCUCUUUGUUUUUCAGUUUGCAGAGGACAUGGAGCUCUUUUUGAAAGCAUGUGCUGAUGAGCAGGGACUAAGGGUCAGUGCUAUGUCUGACAUGUAAUGGACAAAUGAAGGCACUGGCUGUGUUUGUUUGUUUGUUUAAUAUGUCGUUGCUGUUUUUUGUUUUGUUUUUGCAUAGUACAAAAUUCCAAUUAAACUUAUUUCAAAAUGUU